GUACUAUUUAAUGCCAAAGCUGCAUUUGGUUUCUCUAUCCCUGUGCCUGAAGUGAGGAGAGACGGCAGCAACUAGUAGACAACAAGAGGGUAAAAGUCAGUGCUUUUGUGACUUCUCUCCCUUAAGACUUGCAUUUCUUGCUGCACCAGCCAAGUCCCCGGUGCAGCCAUGUGUGACAUGGGAGGACUAGAUAAUCUUAUAGCUAACACAGCCUAUUUGCAGGCUAGGAAAAGCAGUGAAGGGGAUGCAAAAGAGCUGCAAAAAAGGCGCAAAAGCUUGUCUUUGCCUCCACCUGAUGUCUCUCGUAACGAAGUUAAAGAAACAAUUACCUUGGACUAUCAAAGCAUCUGCGUGGAGCAGCCUAUUGGCCAAAGGCUCUUCAAGGACUUUCUGGCUACAGUACCAGAGUAUAAGCUGGCUGAGGAUUUCCUGGAAGAAGUGAAAGAAUGGGAGCUAGAGGAAGGCUCCGCCAAGGAGCAGCUCAUGGAGAAGCUGGUGAGCAGAAGGUUCAAGGAGCCUGCCGAAGGAAGUCUUAAUUUCCUGGGGAAGGACCUCUCUAGCCGUAUCCAACAAGCCCAGAGCAAAGACAUGCCAGAACUGAUUCUGCUUGCUAAAGAUUCAGGAAAUGCUUUCCUCAUGGAUGCGCCAUUCCAGGACUUCCAGAAUAGCCCCUUUUAUGACCGUUUCCUACAGUGGAAAGCAUUUGAGAGACAGCCAAUCAACCAAAAAUACUUCUAUGAGUUUAGGAUUUUGGGAAAAGGUGGCUUUGGUGAGGUGUGCGCCAUCCAGGUGAAGAACACUGGACAAAUGUAUGCUUGUAAAAAGCUGGACAAAAAACGACUCAAGAAAAAGAAUGGGGAAAAAAUGGCCUUACUGGAAAAGGAGAUCCUUGAGAAGGUCCACAGCCCUUUCAUAGUCAGCUUGGCCUAUGCCUACGAGACCAAAACCCACCUGUGCCUGGUAAUGAGCCUUAUGAAUGGAGGAGACCUCAAGUUUCAUAUCUACAAUGUUGGGGAUAAGGGAGUUGAGAUAAAGAGGGUUAUUUUCUACAGUGCUCAGAUUUGCUGUGGGAUUCUGCACCUUCACUCGCUGAAGAUCGUCUACAGGGACAUGAAACCAGAAAAUGUUCUCUUGGAUGACCACGGCAACUGCCGGCUUUCUGACUUGGGGCUGGCGGUUAAAGUUAAAGAAGGCAAAGCCAUAACCCAGAGGGCUGGAACUAAUGGCUAUAUGGCUCCCGAAAUCCUUACGGAUGAGGAUUAUUCCUACCCUGUAGAUUGGUUUGCCAUGGGAUGCAGCAUAUUUGAGAUGAUUGCAGCCUACACCCCCUUUCGAGAUCCCAAGGAAAAGACCUCCAAGGAAGAGCUGAAAAGGAAAACAUUAGAAGAUGAGGUUGUGUUCCCGCUCCCAACCUUCACAGAAGAGGCAAAGGACAUCUGCAGACUUUUCCUAGCCAAGAAACCACAGAACAGGCUGGGAAGCAGGACCAAUGAUGAUGAUCCAAGGAAACAUGCCUUCUUCAAAUCUAUCAACUUUCAAAGGCUUGAGGCAGGGAUGGUGGACCCCCCAUUUGUACCAGACCCUUCUGUGGUCUACGCCAAAGACAUCUCAGAUAUUGCUGACUUCUCUGAGGUCAAAGGAAUCGAAUUUGAUGACAAAGACGCUAAGUUAUUCAAAAGGUUCUCAACAGGAGCAGUACCUAUCAGCUGGCAAAAGGAGAUCAUAGACACAGGACUGUUUGAUGAGCUCAACGAUCCAUCCAGGGAAGUGACAGGCGGUGGGAACAGCGGUGAAAAGUCAGGAGUUUGUUCUAUUCUUUAGAUACUCCUCUAGACAUCAGGGUGAUGAACAUCAUUGUUCAGAGUUCAAAAUGGCACCUUUGAGGGUGAGAAAAGGCAACAUGGGGAUGUGCACUUAACAGCUUUCUCCCACUGGGGAACUUUCCACCAAAUAAUAGUAAGAUUAUUUGAGAUUAUUAUGAGAUUUUCAGAUGGCUGUGUGCAUUUUCUUCAGCCAAAGACCACUAGCUGCCAUAAAGAAAUAUAUAAAUAUACUGUAUACUCAUCAAUAUUAGACAGGUACGAAGUGUCCCGGCAGUGUGUAGGAGGCCCUCACAGCAGGUCUAAAGGCUGCACCUAGACCAUAAAUAGGAACCAGUGUGUCAAAUUAGGUUUGAAUUUAAUUGAUAACAAUGGAUAAA